CGCACGUUUCUUCCUUUCCGUCGUACGCCAUUUGAUUGAGGCGUUGCAUGAAUUAAAAAUGCAGAUCUUUGUUAAGACCCUGACGGGUAAAACAAUUACCCUAGAGGUUGAGCCCAGUGAUACAAUCGAAAAUGUUAAAGCUAAGAUUCAAGACAAAGAAGGCAUUCCCCCAGACCAGCAGAGGUUGAUUUUUGCCGGUAAACAGUUGGAGGAUGGCCGCACUCUGUCUGACUAUAACAUCCAGAAGGAAUCUACGCUCCACUUGGUGCUUCGUCUUCGAGGUGGUGCCAAGAAAAGGAAGAAGAAGAACUACACGACACCAAAAAAGAACAAACACAAGAAGAAGAAGGUCAAGUUGGCUGUUCUCAAAUACUACAAGGUGGAUGAGAAUGGUAAGAUCACCCGUCUGAGGAGAGAGUGCCCCAAUGAGGAGUGCGGUGGUGGCGUCUUCAUGGCUUCCCACUUUGACAGACAGUACUGUGGAAAAUGCUGCCUGACUUAUGUAUUCAAUAAACCAGAGGAGAAAUAAACUCGCUUAGGGUCAACCUU